AUGGCAACAACAAAGCGUGUUCACUCAAGAAGCAGAAGGCAGCUAGAUCUCCAGGAGAUGCUGACAGAAGUGGGGUUGUCUGUUGACUCUUGGUUGCAUAAGCUUCGGGAAGACCUGGGUGUGACCUGUGCCAUGGACUUAUUAUACUUAGAAGAAAAAGACCUCCAGAAGCUGAAGUCCCAGACACAGCACGCAUGGGAAGAAAAGGCUCUGGAGAAGCUGUUUAAUAUCUCACAGCCAAACAGUGUUGCAGAGUUCCAAGAGACUCCAGAUGAGAUGAUAGAGAGCAGACAGCAGCAGGCAGAACAGGCACUGCAGGAACUGAAGGCCUUACAGUCAGAAGGGAAGCACAGAGAAGAUGAAGAAGUUAAGAAAAAAGAAGCAGAGCUGAGACAAGCAAUGGAGAUCCCUGAAGAGUGCUGGCCAAGGCCGGAAGUACCCCUAAAAGAUGUCACUGAAACAAUGGAAAGACAUCUCAACCACAUGGAGCAAAAGCUUUCCAAUGGUGGAAACCUCCCAGAUAGAGAUCUGGUAAAAUGGGCAUCUGGAGGGUUGGCUCUGCAGGGAAUUUAUAAAACAAGCAAGGGAAAGGACCAAUUAGCAAAGAGGGAAGAGCUACUCAGGGUCCCCAAAGAAUUCCUUCUCUUUGGACCUGAGCAAGGAAAAAUGAUGAACACAAAAGAAUUCAUGUCUUCUCAAGCAGAAUCUCUGUUCACCGAAACAGUGGAGAAGCUGGGAUUUAGAACAAUGAUAUCAGCCAAGGGUGAAAACUUGGGAUUUAGUCAAGAAUGUGGUAAAGAUCAAAGCAAACAAUCUGAAUCUGAGGACACACAGCAAUCAAAUUCAGAGCACUCUUAUUUCUCUUCAGUCAAGUAUAGGUACAUGCCACUAGCCUCUUUCCACUUUCGAAGUGAUCAGCUCCAGCUCUCUGAGGCUGCUCUUAAGGAACUGAAAAUCAUUGAGGAACAACUGGAACAUACUGAUGGACCAGACAGAUUCGUACUACUGAGAAACAGUACUGAAAACUUUUUCAACAGAUUUGGUUCUCAUGCAAAUCAAGGCCCUCUGCAUCUUGGGGGAAUCUACUGCUGGAAGGCCAUUUCAGAGGGUUUCCAAACUGAUCAGCUAGAUUUUGUGAAACAGUGGACAGCAGAGGUUUUAGAUUGUUACAUAACAGAGAACUCCAGUGGCUUUGAAGGUCAAUUUGAGGCGAGGAUGAAAAUGUCAGAAUCACAUAAUGUAAGAUCAUGCCAGAAUGCACCUAAUCAUCAGCUCCAAAUAGAUGUCCAAUUAUCUGUGUCCAAGAUAGGUGGACCAUCAGAAGCAAAUGGAAUUUUCCAGUGGACAGCUGGUCUACUUGCCAUCAACAAAACAUGGUCUGUUAUUGAUAAAGGAAUUAGGCUGGUGCCUGUUUGGAGCAUCAUCCUCAGAAGUCACAAAAGUGAUUUUAAGGACCCUUUUCAGUUAGCUAAAUGCCUGAAAGAAAACUAUGCUGUGCUGUCUGGCCUUCCUACUCAGAUUCAAGAUGAAGAAUUCUUCAGUAUCAUCCAAGAAACUAAACUUUUACAAAAGAAUAUUAAAUCCCAAGCAGGUUAUUAUGGUGAUGAGAAACUUAGGAAAGUGAUAGAUGUCUGUGUGUACAAAUUGACAGACUUUCUGAAGGCCCCAUCUAGCAUGGAGUGGAUACACCAGUUAAAAUCAGAGGAAGAACAAGAAAAAAUCACCUCAUAUUCUGAAUUUCUUCAGACCUUAAAGGAAAUACAAAAAAACCUAGAAGGGAGUAUGAAAAAGAAAUCUGCACAAACAGUGGAAGAAGCUCAAAGAAAAGCCACAUGUAAAGUCACCACAGCAUUUGGUACCUUCUUGAACUACCUUAAAGAAGCAGAGCAGCCUGACCUGCAAUUGCUACUAGUCUCUAUUGCAGCAGGUUCAGGCAAUGUGCUGGAAAGCAAUAUUUUUCAGGCUUUCCUUGGAUGUGCUGAGUUAAACUUCCUCCUAGAUGAAAUACAAACUGCCCUACACACAUAUCAGGAGCUGAAAACUAUCUACCCAGAAGGGGCACAGGCAUUCCUAGUGCUCAAAACUCUGACAAGCACAGUUGGAAACACAGCCAUUUCUCUAGAAGAGAAAACAGAAUGCUUAGCAUUAUUAAGGCAGCAUAUAGAACAGCUGUUGUCUCCAAAAGUUCCAAAUGUCCUCACAAAAUCUGGAACAGAUCAUGAUUCCAAGAAUCAAGAGACUGACAUGAGAUUACACACUGACUGGAAUUAUAAACACAACAUCUCUCCUUUGAGGAUAGAUGAGGUGAAAGAACAAUUGCAAUGGCUCAACCAUGUAAACAAAGGCACUUGUAAGAAGCAACAUAAUGAAAACAGCAAAAAGGAAAUGAUAGAAAAAGGACCUUUCUUAGACUUACUACAACGCUUAGGCCUAGAACAUCACUACCCAAAAAUGAUGAGCAAAGCUGACUUCCACCUGAUCUGCAAGAAUUCUGUUCACAACUCCCAACCAGCAUCUGAACAGGAACUGCCUUUCUAUUUCCUACAAAAGCUACUGAUGCUAGACUGUGGGUUCAGAAAUCUGGUCCUCAAAAAGGCUGAAAAUGAUGAACCUGAUAAUUUAGUAGGUCCCUGUUAUGAGGAAACUGAUACUUUUGAUCCAUUCGAAGAGUUGUCUGAUGACAGAGAUGAACCUACUGAUCCUCUAGACACAGAGCCCCAGCCACGCAUCCACCCAAUGGACAUCCAGAUGGCCAUUUUUCACUGUGCAGAUGAUCUUGCCAGGCAAUACAUUUUGUCCAAACUUUCCAUUUGUCAAUUUGCACUCCCCCUUGUGGUACCAAAUCCCAACACUUCUCAGAUUGAAUUCUCUCUUUGGUCUCUCAGACAAAUCAGGAGAAGUUGGCAAGAGUCAAGUAAAUCACUGCAAGACAAGAGCUACAGUCACAGGAAUCAGCAGAUGUGCUGUGUUUCUACCCCCAUAGUGUCCUUCAUUAGAGUUGGAAGUGGCUUCUCUGCCUCCAAAUCUCAGAUCAUGAACUCUCUCCUCCAUAAACGUAAACAUGAUGUGUUUUUUCACAGGCACUGCAGAGGAAGCAGCAAAUAUUGUCUCCUGAUGGAAGGAGUGGUAGAGAUCUCCUGGUUCUGUCCUGGGGGUCAAGGUGAGGACACAUUUGAUAAGUGUGUGGCCUUCACCAAUCUUCAUGGAGAUGCCAAGGACCAUAGGCAACAACUCAGCUUCCUGCAGGAAAUCUCUUCUGUCAUUGUGGUCCUCAUGUCAUCUUCUGAUGGCAACAAAGAAAACCAGAAUGUUGUCAGACACUUGAGUCAGUCUUCAAUACCUCUAUUAUGCUUGUUGGAUGAUAAAAAAAUUGUCACGGUCAAUAAUUCUGGUAGAAGAGUAAGAAUUGGUAUCAGGGAGAGAAAUGAGGCAGAAUUAACAGAAGAACUCACAAAUGCCAUAAAACAUUUACUAAAACGCUCUGAAACUUCUUUGAGCUUAGAAGAUUGUUCAAAGGUGGCUCAAAAACAAGGAUUCCUGGUUGAUGAAGACCAGAAAGACUGCAAGAAAGCUAAAGAAAAGGCUGAGAUUAUAAUGGCCCUACUAGCAAAACACACAUUAUCAAAGAUAAAAGAAAACUUACUACCACUUCAGGGAAAACUCUGGCACAUUUGGUGUAAGAAGGACAAAGAACUCUAUCAUCUGACAGAAAAAGGAAAUCGGAGUAUUGAACAACAUAAAAGUGAUAUUGAGGGAGAGAAACAAAAAAUACGCCAUCAACAAUUAGAAAAAGCCUUUCCUCUCAAUGAUGUAAUGUGCUCGUUCCUUAAAACUCUUCAAGAAAAUGCAGAAACUCCUUCCAAAGAGUACAUCUUGACUUGGCUGAGUCUGCUUUUAUAUAACUUAACUAAAGAACAUUUAGAAAAAUUACAGGAGAAACAAAGGUUUUUGUGGUCAUUGGAACAAACAGAAGGACAUAGAAAGCAUGAAAGCAACUUCCUGAUUGACCAGCAGAAUCAGAUAGAAGCCAUCACCAUGGAGAUUUAUGACUGUACAUUUGGCAUUGAGCACCUACUCCGGGAAGUUGCCCAGAUCUAUGAAGCUCUGGAAGACACUUCCUCCCCUAUAGAUAGCCUUUUUCUCUGCCUCCCCCAGAUUGCUGCAGACCUGAUGAUUGCUGGUCUUCCCAUUGAGCUGAUGGAUGGGGAUGCUUCAUAUGUGCCUCUAAAGUGGGUGGCAGCUGUUUUUGACAAGCUCUCAGAGACACUUGGAGACAAAAGGUUGUUUGUUCUCUCUAUCCUUGGACUGCAGAGCUCAGGGAAAUCCACCUUACUAAAUGCCCUGUUUGGGCUUCAGUUCACAGCCAGUGCAGGCAGGUGCACCAAGGGGGCCUACAUGCAGCUCCUGAAGGUAGAAGAGACAUUCACAGAUGAACUUGACAUUGAUUUUGUGCUCAUUGUAGACACAGAAGGACUUCGGGCUCCAGAGCUCAAAAAUAAAUCCCAGAACUGGGAUAAUGAGAUGGCAACAUUUGUUACUGGUCUUGGAAACUUGACUCUGAUCAAUAUUUUUGGGGAGAACCCAGCAGAGAUGCAGGAUGUCCUACAAAUAGUUGUCCAGGCUUUUCUCAGAAUGAAACAAGUGAAAAUCUCCCCAAGUUGCAUUUUUGUCCAUCAGAAUGUGGGAGAAGUUACAGCUAAAGACCAAACUGUAGAAGGACGAAGGAGACUGGAGCAGAGACUGGAUGAAAUGACAGCAUUAGCUGCUGAGGUGGAAGAAUGCUCAAACAUAACCCGCUUCAGUGAUGUAAUUAAAUUUAAUGUUAAGAAUCAUGUCUACUACUUUGCUCACCUGUGGGAUGGAAACCCUCCAAUGGCUUCUCCCAAUCCUUAUUAUAGCUACAAUGUCCAGGAAUUAAAGAGUGUGAUUCUUCAGACUGCCCAUCAGAAAUCCAGGGGAAGGAUCAUGAAAAUCUCAGAUGUAAAAUUCAGAGUUCAAGAUUUGUGGAAAGCCCUGGUCAGUGAGAAUUUCAUUUUCAAUUUCAGAAACACUAAGGAAGUCAUAGCCAUGAGUAAACUUGAAACUAUAUAUAAUCACUGGACCUGGGAAUUGAGGAGCCAUGUGCUGGAAUUACAAAACCAGUUGAAUAAUCAGAUUCAGAAUUCAAAAAUAAAGACAAUCACAACCAAUACACUAGAGGGUCCACUUCACAGAAAAUAUGAAACCAUCAAGAAAGAAUUUGACAAGUAUUUUGAAGAAGACCCAGAUAGUGAAACAUUGGUCCAAUGGAAAGCUUAUUUUGAACAGAAGCUACAAAUGCUUAACGAAUUACUUAUUUCAGACACCAGAAAGAAAGGCAAUGAGCUUCUCAGUCUUAAACAAAGCCAAGAAAGACUAGAUAACCAAGUGUCACAAUAUGAAAAUGAAUUGUUAGAGAGGAGCCGAGAGUUGGCUUUAAGUGUGAAGGGUAAAGAAUUCAGUGAUGAAGAGUUGCAUGAGAAAUUUGAUCAACUUUGGACAAAUUGGAUCUCCAAUGUGACUCCAAACGUUCCUCUUGUGACAGAUCCUAACAUUGAUUUGGAUUCUGAAAAUAUCCUUUUGGAGCAUUUCAAGAAAGAGAAAAAUAUUAUAGAAAAACUAAAAAGGGACUUUGGAGAGAUGUUUGAAAUAAACUAUGACAAACAUAUCCAAAUGAAAAAACAACAUUUUAAGCCCCACGAAUUAGAGACCUUUCAUAAAGAAUCCAUUAAAAACGUUACUCAUAAUAUUGAUUUAAGAUUUAAUGAAACAAUUAACAACAUUUGGAAGCAACAGUGUGGUUACAGUGAGAAUGAUUUUCAUGAAAUCUUGAGGAUAGUAGAAAAUGAAAUGAAAUCUGUGCCCCCUGAAGAAGAAUAUACAUUUACCAGAGACUAUGCCAUCGACUUAUCCUUGUGCUUAUUCCAGAAAGCAUCAAAGAUUUUCAAGAAAAUGCAUGAGGCAUUCAAGAUUGCAAACGAUCCUGUGAACUAUAUGAAGAGAAAGAAAGAUGAUUUCUUCAUGAGUUUUAAGAUGCGCUGCCAAGGUACUGCUGCCAUCACAUCCUUUGUUGACUUCCUUUGGCUUAAGCUCACUCCUGCUGUUUCUUCCACCAUAUGGGGGGAAAUGAGUCGUAAAGUAACUAGGGACAUGAAAUCCACCUGCCCUGCAUUCAAUGGAAACAGGGCUAACCUGGAGAAACACAUUCUCAUUUCUCUGGCAGAAGAAGAAAAUUUUGAGAAGUAUUGGAAUUACAUUCAUCAUCCAGAACCAUUUUUUAGAGAAUACAUUAAAGACCACAUUGUAAGGUACUGUUCAGAAAAAGAAGGUGAAAAAAUAAAGACUUUUUUAAAAACAAGUUUAGAGGACAUCAAAAAUGCCAUCCUCUCUGCUGUUCAAAAUGCCACAGAAGUAACUAAAGAUGAAAGCAGCACUGCUUCUCGCUGGUUGGAUUUGUUCUGUGAUCAUCUAGGGAGCAACCUGAUCUUUCCAAGAAGAGACCUGAUUAGCAUAGAGCACCUGGAGAUAAAUGAUACUGAGUUUCUCAAAGAAGCCAUGAGUGCAGCUUUGGAUCCUGCACUGAACAAAGUCGAAGAGGACUGCUCAAGUAAGCCCAUAGAUGAAAUGAUUCCUGACAUCGAGAAAAUUCUCUCUGACCAGCUCUGUGGCUGCUGGAAACAGUGUCCUUUUUGUAAAGCAAUUUGUACCAACACCAUUCCCGAACAUGAAGGAGACCACAGUGUGUCACUCCACCGUCCUCAGGCUGUACGUGGAGCUAAAUGGAACAAAACAGAGGACUUUGUCAUUGAAUUCUGUACUAGUUUAGUAGCAAGUGAUUUUCCUUUUUUUGUAAAUGACGUGAAAUUUUCAUACAAAAAAUAUCGAGAAGCAGGAGAUAACUAUGCCAGGUGGAGCAUCACUCCAGACUCAUCUACCCAGUCAUACUGGAAAUGGUUUGUCUGUCACUUCAGAACAGAACUAGAAAACAAAUAUGGCAAAAAGUUUAAUGUAAAAGGAACAAUACCAGUUUCGUGGUUCAAUAUCACAAAGCAAGAAGUACUUGAUGACUUAAAAAGUCACAAUUAG